CUGAGACAGGAGAGCAGUGGGGGCCAGGACCACAGCCUCCUACCCUGCGGAAAGUGUCCACAGAGCACAGGGCGACUGGUGAGGAUGGGAACUAUACAAGAAACAGGAAAAAAGACUUUAGAAGUAGGGGCUGGGGAGAAGGCAGGCGUCGCAGAGCCAGGAGCAGCCCUGAGACUUGGAGAGCUGGAACUGAGGGAAGAAUGGCAGGAUGAAGAGUUCCCCAGAUUGCUUCCGGAGGAGGCUGGCCCAGCUGGAGAUCCCGAAGACCCUCACACAGACUCACAGGCAGGUACCCCCAGCACUCUGGCCCUGUGUGGCCAGCGCCCCAUGCGAAAGCGUCUCUCUGCCCCAGAACUGAAGCUGAAUCUGACUGAGGGAACAGGAGACACUGGAGCUUCUCCCACCCACUCCGAGUCUUCCUCUUCGGAUGGCAGCUUGGACCUGGAGGUGGAUGAACUGGAGACGCCUUCAGACUCUGAGCAGCUUGACAGUGGACAUGAAUUUGAAUGGGAAGAUGAUUUGCCUCGGGCAGAGGGCCUGGGGCCCAGUGAGGCAGCUGAAAGGCUGGGCCGGGGUUGUGUGUGGGAUGUGGCUGGAGAAGAUGGUCAUCGCUGGAGAGUGUUCCGAACUGGACAGCGAGAGCAGCGAGUAGAUAUGACCAUCAUCGAGCCCUAUAAAAGAGUGCUGUCUCAUGGAGGUUACCAUGGUGAUGGCCUCAAUGCUGUCAUCCUCUUUGCUUCCUGCUAUCUACCCCGAAGCAGCAUUCCCAACUACACCUAUGUCAUGGAACACUUGUUCAGGUAUAUGGUGGGAACUUUGGAGCUGCUGGUAGCUGAGAAUUAUCUGCUUGUUCACUUGAGUGGAGGCACAAGCAGGGCCCAAGUGCCACCUCUGAGCUGGAUACGCCAGUGUUACCGCACCUUGGAUAGGAGGCUUCGGAAAAACCUUCGAGCUCUGGUGGUUGUCCAUGCUACGUGGUAUGUGAAGGCAUUCCUGGCACUGGUUCGGCCCUUUAUCAGUUCCAAGUUCACACGAAAGAUCCGAUUUCUGGACAGCCUUGGGGAGCUGGCCCAACUCAUCUCCCUAGAUCAAGUCCACAUACCUGAAGUUGUCAGACAGCUGGACCAGGAUCUCCAUGGCUCAAAAGGCACCUAAUAGGAAACUGGGCAGAAGGCAAUAGACUAGGGCCAAGAUGGUGAUGGCUCUGCACAGUGGAACUGUUAUGUAAAUCAUCUCAUCCUGACCCCAACUCCAGUCCCACCGG